AUGAGAAUCUCAAAGGUCCUUGAUAUUCUUAGCUCAGGGGAUCAUGUCGAUGUGCAUAAUUUCGAGAAGCCGUUCAAAACAGAUGGCGAGGGACGUUUGAUCUACGCACCUGAGAGACUGUCUUCUUCGCAAGCUGUCGAAUUGUUCAGUCAACGAAGUAACAGUGGCGGUCCACCAUGCAAUCUACUUAACUUGGGCUGUUUGAAGGACAAUGCUACACCGGCGUGCUUCUCUAACAGAAACGACUACUCCCUCAUGCAUACGUGUAUCAACAAUGGCAAAUCUGAGAAGCGCGAGUGGCACGGCCAUGAUUGUUCUGCCUUUCAACUUCUGGCGUCCAAGGGCGCUGCGCAUCUCCUGCAUGUCGAUCGUCAUGGCGUUUACACCACUGCGCUUACCGAAGAGGAAAAGCAGCUUUGGCUAAUAUGGCCUGGAUUAACUCUAGAGGAUCUUCAAAGCAUGCAUGUCCAUGACGGCGGCAUAGCAGUUUUGGUCGAUCAGGGCGACAUGCUGAUCCAGCCUCCGAAUAUGCUCCAUGCACUCUUAUGA